UAGGGUCAAAGUCUGUACGAAACCAACGGAGGACUCCAGUUAGUGUCCAGUUAGUGUAACUUCAAGCGAUUUCACUCCAACUUAAGGAUUAACUCCAAUUUAAGGAUUGACUAUUUUAUUUUAUUUCAAGCCAGUAUGACGCCACUGCAGAAAGGCUGCCUUUUUAUUCUCCUCGCGUCCUUUAUAACGCUUGUUUUUGUGAGCGUAGAAGGACAUGGGUUCAACAGACAGAAGAGAGAGUGGAUCAUCGCUCCCAGAAAGCUGAAGGAGAACCAUGAUUACACUGGACUUGAGAGCAUUGCCAGAAUCCGCUCUGAUAAGGAGAACUUUACAGAAAUAAGGUAUUAUCUCACUGGACCUGGUGUUGACCAGCCCCCUGAAGGUGUCUUUCAGGUUGACCAUAAGACUGGUUAUGUAAAAAUCUUUUCCAUCCUGGACCGAGAACAGAUCCCUUUCUAUUACUUAAAAGGCGUGGCAAAAUAUAUGGACGGGACUCUAGCUGAAAAGGAUAUUGACCUCAAAAUUACGGUUGUGGAUGAGAAUGACUGCCCACCAAUAAUUGCAGCACAGCAAGUUGGAUCUGUUAAGGAAUCAAGUGCAGCAGGUACUGUUGUGAUGAAAGUGAUAGUUACUGAUGCUGAUGAAGAGAACUCAAUAAACUCUAGGAUCAGCUACAGUAUCGUGGGGCAGAGUAACACGGCCGGGAUGUUCUUCAUGAACUCUCAGACUGGAGAGGUCAUGGUUCGACAGAACACUCUCGACAGGGAGGUGAAACAAGAUUCAUAUAGGUUGACCAUAAGUGCCUCAGACCUGAAUGGCCUACCAGGAGGAAACACAGGAACAGGAGAAAUCGAGAUCAGAAUUCUAGACAUAAACGACAACCUCCCGACCCUGGAAAAAGAAUCGUAUGAAGGAAGUGUGGAGGAGAACACAAUCAAUGUUGAAGUGAUGAGGAUCAAAGCCCUGGACAUGGAUCUGAUUUACUCUGAAAACUGGCUGGCUGUCUUUGAAAUCAUCUCAGGGAAUGAAGGCGGCUACUUCAGCAUCUCUACUGAUUCUAAGACCAAUGAGGGAAUUAUCAUGAUCAACAAGGCUUUGGACUACGAGGAAAUAAAGACACUCAACUUGAGGGUGGCGGUUUCCAACAAAGCAGCAUAUAAUUUUGGCAGCAGCUCCGUAUCAGGAGGGUCAACAACCUCUAAAAACUACCCUAUUAAAAUAAAUGUGGUCAAUCAGAAGGAAGGCCCCCGUUUCCAACCGAGUGUCAAAGUGGUGACAAUUUCAGAGGACCGCACAUCUGUGUCCCUCAACCAAGUCAUCACCACAUAUGCUGCUAUUGACAGCGACACACUACUAACAGCCACCAACGUAAGAUAUGCCAAGAUCCGCGAUGAUGACAACUGGUUGAUUAUUGAUUCAAAGACCGCUGAUAUCAGGCUGAACAAACUGCCAGACAGAGAGUCAAAGUUCUUGAUCAAUGGAACAUAUUAUGCAAAAAUUAUAUGCAUCACUACAGACAGCACCUCAAAGACGGCCACUGGGACAAUAGCCAUCCAGGUGGAGGAUUUUAAUGAUCACUGUCCCAAACUGACCACUACAACUCACACCAUGUGCCUCGAGGAUAAUGUCAUCUACGUCUCAGCCGUAGAUGAAGAUGAGUUCCCCAAUUCAGCACCGUUUGAUUUUACUGUGAUUCAUGAGAGCAGCAAGGGGAAAUGGAAUGUUGAGCCUCUUAAUGAAACUGCAGCCAUUCUACGAGACAAAGCCAACUUGUGGCCAGGAACUUACAAAGUUGCAGUGGAGGUCAAGGACAAUCAGGGAAAGUCAUGCGCUGAUGUUCAAGUCAUGGACGUCAUUGUGUGUACUUGCGCUGAAAACAUUAAAUUGUGCGCAGCAAGCCAAACAAAGACUUCUGGUUUUGGAGCAUCAGGUGUACUGCUUCUGCUUCUUGGACUGCUGCUCCUACUGUUGGUGCCCCUUUUGCUGCUGUUCUGCCUGUGUGGAGGAGCAGCAGCUGCAGGAGAUUUCAAGGCGAUUCCAUUUGAUACAAAGCAACAGCUGAUCUCAUAUCACACUGAGGGACAGGGAGAAGACAAGGAAGUUCCUUUUCUCACUGCCCCCGUUGAGGUUGAUGGUGGCACAAUAAAUGUCAAGAACAUCAAAACUUUAGAGGGAAAGGGGUACCUGGCAGGACUAGCUGAACUGGGAGGCGCAGCAGGUGGAGGAGCAGCCUUAGGUGGAGGUGCAGCCUUAGGUGGAGGUGCCGCCUUAGGUGGCUCCAUCCUGACAACUGAGAACAUGCAUACGUACAACCGAUACAACCAGUCCAGUGGGCAAAUAGAGAUGGACUUUAUGGGUGGUGGGAUGAUGACUGGACAAGAACAUCUUUACUCCAGAUACAGUGCCUAUGAUGGGAUGGCUCUUUCUGAAGGGUUUCUCGGGGAGUAUUAUGCUAGUAAAUCAAACCAUGCUGCAAACCAGUCCCAUGAGAAGGAUGCUCUGAUGAUCUAUGACUACGAGGGUCGGGAGUCCCUGGCAGGUUCUGUAGGUUGCUGCAGCCUACUCGAAAAUGACAAUGACCUUGCUUUCCUUGAUGAUCUUGGGCCUAAAUUUAAAACCCUGGCUGAAAUUUGCAAGCGUUCAACGUUGGUGACAGAGUCUGUUGAUGCAGGGGUUUUUGUCUCUCCUCCCAGACCAGUGUCUCCUGUCAGGCCCUCCACCCACACCCACACUCACACAGAAACAUUCAGGGAUAGGGACCAUGUCAACGUCAACACCCUUAACACCUCCAAUGUAGCAUCCGGGUCUUCCACCUUCAUCCGGGAGGAGCGAAUCACUGAGAAUUCAGCCACAGCUCCCAGGGUUCAUGUCCAGGACAAGUAUGUGAUUCCCAGUCAGACGAUGCUCAUACAGCAGCCAACCAUGUACUACGCUGCUACGCCCAUGUAUGUUGUCGAACAGAAGCCGCAAAUGGUGCUGGUGUCAGGCACCCAGCAGGCAUUGGGUCAUGUGGGCUCAGCUGGGCUUGGUCAGGGUCUGAUGCAGGUUGGUGGUAUCCAAAGUUCUCAGGGUGUGGUCCUUGUAGAUAGGCAAGUAGGAAUGGGAGGAGCCACAGGGCAUGUAGCACAAGGCCAUACUCGAGGAACAACAUCCAGGUCCAGAAAGGUACUGGUGGUAGAGAGCGGGUCUUCAGGUGGUGAGCAAGCUGCACACUUAGCGCAGGGCUAUAUUCAGACAGGAAAUGGAUCUGCAGAGCACGGUAUGGAGCUCAGAGGUCAAGGUAUGCAGGUUAAAAGUCAGACUUUUUCAUUGGGUUCUCUUGAUUCUAGCGGGUCUCAUGAAGACGUCCUUAUGGCGGCAACACCAAAGGUUCAAGGGAGCCAGAGAGUGGUUGUGCAACGUAAGAAGGUAUCAGUGACUGAGAGGAAUGUUGAAUCAAGUACAAGAGCGUAGUGCAACAUGUGAUGAGCAUAGAAAAGUUGUUUUCUAGUGAUAAAGCAACAUAUGUACGUAAGUAUAAAAAAGUACACUACAGAGUUUCAAAACCAACAUGUUGAUAAAGAUGGAAGGACUGUGAUAUACAGGGGCAGAAAAUGGAGAGAGUCUCGUCUGAAAAAGUGCAAUGCAACACAUAUUGUCUAGUGACUGCUUAUAGAGGUUAACACAUUGAAAGUUUACAGUACUAGUGAAACUUUUUAAUUGGGACAAAGCAACAGAUUUUUAGAGGCAGACUUCUGGAGUUACACCCCCAGCAGAAGGAAAAAAGAAUGAUCCUUCUGUGGUUCAAAAAUGAUCAGUUAGGUACCAAAUGUCAGUCCUUAAAGCAUUGUAAUUAUUUCAGGUACAUAAUAAGCAUGGAUCAAGGAUGGGAAAAGCCAAAGUAAACAUAUACGCAAUCAGUCCUUCCUACAGUGUUUAUCUGCCCAUCAACAGAAAUAAAAAACCUCUGACUACAUUUCCUAGAGAUGCUGGAAAAUGCAAAACACAAACAAGAAGGUAACCAUGUAGUGACAAGAUAAGAAGUAAGGUAGAUGAUUUACCAGGCUGGGGGGAAAGAAAGAGAGACUGUUCUGAUUGUAACGGAUAAGUACUAUUAUUAAACUCCUAAAAUGAUUCUCUUACUCUGUUAAAACCCUGUUUACUGCACUUCUUGUCCCUAAUCCCAGUUUCUUCCCUUAAGUCCUGUUAAAAUACAUGCGUACUCUAUUUAUACUGAGGGUCCUUGAUCUUGAAAUGCCCACAAUUGUUUUGCAAGUAAUUGAAGCAAAGCUAGAACAACGAUCUGUAGUCUACUAUAUUUUUCCAUGUUGGUGUUGAAUACUAGUAUAGGUGCUUUGUGCUGUGUUUUUUUUUUUUUUUUUGUAUUGAGUUGUGAUUCUAAGACCCUUGGGUUGCUUUGUUUUAUAUUUUAGCUCUAGCUAAGCUGCCCUGCAGACUCUUAGAUUGUUGAAACAAGUUAAACUGUAACUAAUUAGAAGCUGUUUUAUGGGUGGCCCCUGCUUCCUUGGAAACUGCUUGGAACGGAGAUAAAUGCUGUUUGUACUGUAAAACCAAUGAAAGGGCCCCUGUGCGGAAGAACCAAAGCCAAAGCCUUGGAAAGAUUUAGAGCACUGAGAAAGGAUUUAACUUGUUUUUAUCAGUAGACAAUAUAGUCAAUACACACCCUUAACCAAAUAAGAGCUUCAAGAUAGAGAACAAGAUUCUUUGCUAUAUUUUUGCACUCCUUUUAUUGUUUCUACUCUAUAUUUGUUGGUUUGUAAUUACUCAUUUUAAAUAAUCCAAGUGUUAAAUCCAAGUGCUGACAAAAAAUGAAAAUGCCGAAGAUGUAAAUAUAGAACGAUGCCCUUUUUAUACCAAUGUAAAUAAGUUUUAAUUACCAGAUAAACUGCAGAUACCUUGCUUUCCUUUUGUGCUUUCUUAAUGCUGGUAAGACAUAAUGAUAAUUUGAGUAGGUUGAUACUGAUGUUCUUGUCAUACAUGUGUUUUUUUUUUUCAGUAUGAACUGAUAGCAUAUAUUGCUUAAGAGCAGAAGGAUUGUGCACUAAAAUAUCAGUAUUUGCCAUGGUAAUGAUAAUGUUUUUUUUGUUUUGUUUUGCACCUGCUGAUAUAAUAAAAUCAAAUAUGAAAACACUG